AUGGGGUGUUGUGCAUCCUCGACCGCUUCGGAAGUGCCCGUUCCAAAACCUCGUCGCCGAUUGAGCGUGGGCCAGGUGGAUGAGAGCGAGCUUCCAGGUAAUGAGGAUUCCCAGGCAGAGCAGGAUCGUGGGCUGAUUGCUGCGUUCAGUAAGAACAACCUGAUCGAGAUGGUCUCGGAUGCGGACCAGACCGGAAAGGCCAAGAGCGGCAGGCGGGUUUCCCUCAGCUCAAAGACUGACAAGGGCACCACCUCGUUCGCGAAUAAAACGAUGCAGAAGUUCGGAGACACCGAUGUGGACAUUGCCCAGUGCGGCAUUGGCUACACAUGCCGAAAGGGCUUGAAGCCAGAAAGUCCCAACCAGGACUCCUGGUUCGUUCUCAAGAUGGAGAAUUUCUCGCUCUACGGCGUUUUUGAUGGCCAUGGACAGAAGGGACAUGACGUGUCAAAUUUCGCGAUGGACAUGUUGCCGAAGUGCAUCAUCAAGGACGAAAGGUGCUUUUCCACCGAGAAGAGAGAUUGGGGUCCCAUUCUGAGUGAUGCGUUCAAGAAGACGCAGAAUUUCAUUAUGGCAUCAGAUAAGAUGAAGACUCUGCAGGCUCAAAUGUCAGGCACCACUGCAACCGUGGCAAUCCACGACCACUCCGACAACUCCAUCACCAUUGGCCACGUGGCGGACUCCACCGCAGCCCUGGGCACCAAGAAUGUGAACGCUUGGAACGGCGUGGCGCUCACCAGAGACCAUAAGCCAAACCUCAAGGACGAGAAGGCUCGAAUCGAGAAGGCUGGAGGACGCGUGGUGUUUGACGGGUAUGCAAACUACCGAGUCUACGCCAAGAACGCCCGUUAUCCAGGCCUGAACAUGUCUCGUUGCCUGGGCGACCUGCUUGGACAUGCGGAAUGCGGCAUGUCCUGCGAGCCGGAAGUCAACAAGAUCACCUUCGAGAAGGGCAAGCAGUACAUCCUCCUUGUCUGUUCCGACGGUGUGUGG